UAGAUGGCUCAGAAAUUGGGGUUAUGGCUGUGCUUUGGGAGGAAGAUGGCCCCUUUGGCUUUUUCCUCCCUCAUGGUGACCCCAAGAAGAGCAAAACUACAACAUCUGUGAUUGGACAAUUUUGCCAGUAUUGAAGAAAACAAUAUUCAGUUAAAACUAUUUGCAUUUAUUUGUAUUAUUUACCUUAAUCCAAUUGAAAUAAUUCAGGUUUGUAAAUCAUCACUUUUGUCUUUCUGUCUUUCUUUCAAAAAUGCACACCUUGUAUUUUUGGGGAGAAAACAACUCCAUUUAUGGUCAUUAAAAAAGGAAGUAGUUGAGUAUAAAUAGUGAUGAGUUGAAGGUCUGACACACUGUUGGUUUGAGCACCUCCUCGUUAUAUAUUUAAGAAGCCUUGAGCUCAUCAGAUCUAUUAACAAUGAGGCAAGCUGUUUUCAUCCUCACCACCACUGCCAUCAUCAUCAUCAUCAUCAACACUGGAGCAGUUUUGUCCAAACUGGAAAAAAACCCUGCUUAUAAACUGGACAUGGCAGCGGAUUCUGUUGAUGACCAAUUUAUAGGCUGCGCUGAAGAAACAUACAAACUGAUAAAAGACAAGGUCCUAGAUGAAGAGUUAAAUAAAAAUAAAGACUUUAAAAAUAUUUGGAAUAAAUACUUAAACAUUGAGGAUGACUUUAUAAGAAUAAUAAAGGUCUACACCAGUUCAGUGGAAGAAGAACUUUAUUCAAAAUUCAAUGAUGCUGUCAGUUCAGGAAAAAACGAAUACCCUCAAACAUUCAAAUACACAGCCUUUCAUUUCUUGCUAACACGUGCCGUACAAAUUCAUAAAGUGCCGAGCUGUUUUAAUGUUUUCCGUAGAACCGCUGUUAGUUUUGAGGCAAAGAUUAAUGAUGUAAUUCGAUUUGGCAGGUUUGCAUCGACUUCAUUUAGGAAGGACUUGGAUUUUUUUGGCAAUAAAUCCUGUUUUGAGAUUAACACAUGCUUUGGUGCAGACAUAUCCACCAUUUCUGUGCUACCUGAUGAGGAAGAGGUGCUAGUCCCACCUUAUGAAAUGUUUACUAUCACAAAAAUUACACUUAAAACAAACCACAUGAACUGCGAAGUCCUUUACACUCUAAAGAGUGCAGGAAAUUUUAGCUGUAUGAACUGCGAGCUGCUUAAACACCCCCCCACCACCACCAUAUUACUCCCCACAUUACCCCAACAUAGAAACAUGGAGUAGUGUUAAUGUCAAUGGGUUAAUGUUUUUAUAGCACAACCAAUAACAUGACUGGAUAAUUUAAGACCAUGAUGCUAUGUGUUCUAAGCAUGUAUUAAUGUCAAUGAUAUGCAUUAUUUGUUAUUACAUUAUAAAAUUGCUCAAUAAUAAUGACAGCAUUGUAAUUUAAACCAUUUUGUCUGAGCUUUUGUUUUAAUGGAAUCUAGCAGCGCUUUUCA